AUAAUAACUAAAAAAGAAAACAUUGCCGUGACGUCUCAGCUUACUUUUUGCUUCCUUUUCUCUAAAUAAUAAUAAUCUCACACCAUUUUUGGCACAAAUCGGAGAUUUUUCUCACCGACGAAGACGAUCAUGGAAGUCUUAUCUACUUCCACCUCGCCGCCUCUAACGCUCCACUCCCGCCGUCUCCCCUCUCCUUCCUCUCCCGUCACGACUUUCGCCGCUUCUUCCCUCUCCUCUUUCUCCUCCUCCUCCUACCUCGGAAUCUCCCUCUCCAACCGCACGAUCCGCCGCCUCACUCCAACAAACUCCCGCCACAAGAAACGAAACAAACAACUCCCCCCGAUCUCCGCCGUUUUCGAGCGGUUCACGGAGCGAGCCAUCAGAGCCAUCAUCUUCUCCCAGAAGGAAGCCAAGUCGCUGGGGAAAGACAUGGUCUACCCUCAGCACAUCCUCCUCGGCCUCAUCGCCGAGGAUCGCGACCCUCAGGGCUUCCUCGGAUCCGGAAUCGCCAUAGACAAGGCGCGCGAGGUCGUCUCGAGUAUCUGGGACGAAGCUAACUCCGAUUCAUCUACGGAGAGUAGUACUACUCCGUACUCCAAGUCGACGGACAUGCCGUUCUCAAUCAGCACGAAGCGUGUGUUCGAAGCUGCGGUUGAGUACUCCAGGACUCUGGAGUGUCAGUAUAUCGCUCCCGAGCAUAUAGCCGUUGGACUCUUCACCGUUGAUGACGGGAGCGCCGGGAGAGUACUCAAGAGAUUGGGAGCGAAUAUGAAUCUACUCACAGCAGCAGCGCUGACUAGGCUUAAAGGAGAGAUUGCUAAAGACGGAAGAGAACCGCCUAAAGGGAGCUCUGACGCUUCUGGCAGAGUUGGUGGUCCUGGAAGAACCAAAGAGAAAAGUGUAUUGGAACAGUUCUGUGUGGAUCUUACGGCAAGAGCUGGUGAGGGGCGUAUUGAUCCUGUUAUUGGCAGGGAGAAGGAGGUUCAGAGAGUUAUCCAGAUACUUUGCCGCAGAACUAAAAACAACCCGAUUCUUCUCGGUGAGGCUGGUGUUGGGAAGACUGCCAUUGCUGAAGGACUUGCCAUUAGUAUUGCAGAAGCAAAUGCUCCUGGUUUUCUCUUGACAAAGCGCAUCUUGUCCCUGGAUAUAGGACUGCUAAUGGCUGGUGCGAAGGAAAGGGGAGAACUUGAGUCACGCGUCACUGCUUUGAUAAGCGAAGUUAAAAAAUCAGGUAAGGUCAUUCUCUUCGUAGAUGAAGUGCACACUCUUAUUGGAUCUGGCACCGUCGGAAGAGGAAACAAAGGGUCUGGUCUUGACAUUGCUAAUCUCUUGAAACCACCACUUGGAAGGGGUGAACUUCAGUGUAUUGCAUCCACGACCCUUGAUGAAUUUAGGAGUCAGUUUGAGAAGGACAAAGCACUAGCAAGGAGAUUCCAGCCUGUGUUGAUUGACGAGCCAAGCGAGGAAGACGCGGUGAAGAUUUUGCUUGGCCUUCGUGAAAAAUACGAAGCCCAUCACAACUGCAAAUACACUAUGGAAGCCAUAGAUGCUGCAGUGUACCUUUCAUCGCGAUACAUCGCGGAUAGAUUUCUUCCGGAUAAAGCUAUCGAUCUUAUUGAUGAGGCGGGAAGCAGAGCUCGCAUCGAAGCUUUUAGAAAGAAAAAGGAGGAUGCAAUCUGUAUCCUUUCGAAGCCGCCGGAUGAUUACUGGCAAGAGAUCAGAACUGUUCAGGCCAUGCACGAAGUGGUUCUAUCAAGCAGGCCGAACCAGGAUGAGAGUAAUGCCGUUGCGGACGAGCCUGGUGAACUAGUCGAGGAGUCUUCUCCGCCGCCUGCAGCAGGAAACGAUGAGCCUAUAGAGGUGGGACCUGAUGAUAUUGCAGCGGUUGCAUCGGCUUGGUCUGGAAUUCCAGUUCAACAGAUCACUGCAGAUGAAAGAAUGCUUCUUAUGGGUCUAGAAGAUCAGCUAAGAGGCAGAGUUGUUGGUCAAGACGAGGCUGUAGCUGCCAUAUCUCGAGCUGUGAAGAGGUCACGGGUUGGCUUAAAAGAUCCUGACCGUCCAAUUGCCGCUAUGCUUUUCUGUGGACCAACUGGAGUUGGCAAAACCGAACUCACAAAAGCUUUAGCAGCUAAUUAUUUCGGAUCGGAGGAAUCUAUGCUGAGACUGGACAUGAGUGAGUACAUGGAGCGUCAUACCGUGAGCAAGUUGAUAGGCUCUCCUCCAGGAUAUGUUGGUUUUGAAGAAGGUGGAAUGCUAACUGAAGCUAUCAGGAGACGUCCUUUUACAGUGGUUUUGUUCGACGAGAUAGAGAAAGCCCAUCCUGAUAUUUUCAAUAUUCUUCUCCAGCUGUUCGAAGACGGCCAUCUCACCGAUUCACAGGGAAGGAGAGUAUCUUUCAAGAACGCACUGAUCAUAAUGACCUCUAACGUUGGAUCAUCAGCCAUUGCCAAGGGAAGACAAAGGCAAAUAGGUUUUAUCCUCGACGAUAACGAAGAGGAAGCAUCUUACGCAGGAAUGAAAGCUUUGGUAGUCGAAGAACUCAAGAACUACUUCCGUCCAGAGCUCUUGAACCGGAUAGACGAAAUCGUCAUCUUCAGACAGCUCGAGCAAGCUCAGAUGAUGGAGAUCCUGAACCUGAUGUUACAAGACUUGAAGUCGAGGCUUGUGGCACUUGGAGUCGGUUUAGAGGUGUCUGAACCUGUCAAAGAGCUUAUAUGCAGACAAGGCUAUGAUCCGGCCUACGGUGCACGACCACUGCGUAGAACCGUCACAGAGAUUGUGGAAGAUCCACUCAGCGAAGCCUUUCUUGCUGGGAGCUUCAAGCCCGGUGACACGGCAUUUGUGGUUCUCGAUGAUACUGGAAACCCUUCGGUUCGGACCAAACCAGAUUCUUACAGUGUACGAGUUACCGACAAGACAUCAAUCGCAUAGAUUUCACCAUUGGAGGAUUGUAUAUAAAGAUUCUUUGGUUAUACUCACUCGUCUUGUACGUGAAUCUCAAUUGCUUAUUGCAAACAUGUGUAUAUAUAUAAAGAUACAUAGUGAUUAGUGCGUGAGGUAAUUGUAAUAGCUUUAUGUAUUUCUUACUCGAAUUAUAUUAAUACCACAUUAUCAAAUUAUUAAUA